UUCCCACCCUCGGUCAUAGGCGGCUGACUGAGUCCCGACUACUGAGAACCUCAGCCAGGGUCCGGGAGCCCCCCAUCCAGGAGCCAAGAGUGCCCCUGUCCUGCUGGCCUAAGGAUACACAGCUCUACUCUGAUUGAAUGCUCAAUCCAUCUUCAUGGGACAAUGAACCAGAAGACCACUCUAGUGCUCCUUGCACUAGCCGUCAUCACUAUCUUUGCCUUAGUCUGUGUUCUGCUAGUGGGCAGAGGUAGGGAUGAGAAUGAUGAGCCUAGCCAGCCUCCCCAUUGCCACUCUGCAUAUCCCAGUGCCCAGCCCUGGACACAUCCUGGCCAGAGCCAGCUGUUUGCAGACCUGAGCCGAGAGGAGCUGACGGCUGUGAUGAGCUUUCUGACUCGGCGGAUUGGGUCAAGGCUAGUGGAUGCAAAACAGGCUCAGCCCUCCAACAACUGUGUCUUCUCAGUAGAGCUGCAGCUGCCCCCAAAGGCUGCAGCCCUGGCCCACCUGGACAGGGGGAGCCCCCCACCGGCCCGGGAGGCACUGGCCAUCAUCUUCUUUGGUGGACAACCCCAGCCCAACGUGACUGAGCUGGUAGUGGGACCACUGCCUCACCCCUCCUAUAUGCGGGAUGUGACCGUGGAGCGUUAUGGAGGCCCCCUGCCCUAUCACCGACGCCCGGUGCUGGCCCAAGAGUACAUGGACAUAGACCAGAUGAUCUUUGACAAAGAGCUGCCCCAGGCUGCUGGUCUCCUCCACCACUGUUGCUUCUACAAACAGCAAGGAAGGAACCUGGUGACAAUGACCACAGCCCCUCGCGGUCUGCAGUCAGGGGACAGGGCCACCUGGUUCGGCCUCUACUACAACAUCUCAGGGGCUGGGUUUUUCCUGCACCCCAUAGGCUUGGAGCUGCUGGUAGACCACAAGGCCCUGGACCCCGCCCGCUGGACCAUCCAGAAGGUGUUCUAUCAAGGCCGCUACUAUGAGAGCCUGUCCCAGCUGGAGGAGCAGUUUGAGGCCGGCCUGGUGAAUGUGGUAUUGAUCCCAGACAAUGGCACAGGUGGGGCCUGGUCCCUGAAGUCCCAGGUGCCACCACGUCAGGCUCCCCCUCUGCAGUUCCAUCCCCAGGGCCCACGCUUCAGUGUCCAGGGGAGUCGAGUAAACUCUUCACUGUGGACUUUCUCCUUUGGUCUUGGAGCUUUUAGUGGCCCAAGGAUUUUUGACGUUCGUUUCCAAGGAGAACGGCUGGCUUAUGAGAUCAGCCUCCAAGAAGCCUUGGCUGUCUAUGGGGGCAAUUCCCCAGCAGCAAUGGUGACCCGUUAUAUGGAUGGUAGUUUUGGCAUGGGCAAGUACUCAACACCCCUGACCCGUGGGGUGGACUGCCCCUACCUGGCCACUUAUGUGGACUGGCACUUCCUUUUGGAAUCUCAGACCCCUAAGACAAUGCGCGAUGCCUUUUGUGUGUUUGAACACAACCAGGGCCUUCCCCUGCGGAGACACCACUCAGAUUUCCAGUCUCACUAUUUUGGGGGCCUUUCAGAGACAGUGCUAGUCAUCAGAUCUGUGUCCACCUUGCUGAACUAUGACUACGUGUGGGACAUGGUCUUCCACCCCAAUGGGGCCAUAGAAGUCAAAUUCCAUGCAACAGGCUACAUCAGCUCAGCAUUCCUCUUUGGUGCUGCCAAUAAGUAUGGGAACCAAGUAGGGGAGCACACGCUGGGCACAGUACACACGCACAGUGCCCACUACAAGAUAGAUCUGGAUGUAGCAGGACUGAAGAACUGGGUCUGGGCCGAGGACAUGGCCUUUGUUCCCACGGCUGUGCCCUGGAGCCCCAAGCACCAGAUACAGAAGCUGCAGGUGACCCGGAAGCAGCUGCAGACUGAGGAGCAGGCAGCCUUCCCCCUGGGAGGGGCCACCCCUCGCUACCUGUACCUGGCCAGCAACCACAGUAACAAGUGGGGUCACCCACGGGGCUACCGCAUCCAGAUGCUCAGCUUUGCGGGGGAGCCAAUGCCCCAGAACAGCUCUAUGGAGAGAGCCCUCAGCUGGGGGAGGUACCAGCUGGCCGUGACCCAGCGGAAGGAGGAGGAGCCCAGUAGCAGCAGCAUCUUCAACCAGAACGACCCUUGGGCCCCCACGGUGGACUUCACUGACUUCAUCAACAAUGAGACCAUCAUGGGAGAGGACUUGGUGGCAUGGGUAACAGCUGGAUUUCUGCACAUCCCACAUGCAGAGGACAUUCCCAACACAGUGACUGUGGGCAACGGUGUGGGCUUCUUCCUCCGACCCUACAACUUCUUUGACGAGGACCCCUCCUUCUACUCUGCUGACUCCAUCUACUUCCGACCGGACCAGGAUGCUGGGGCCUGUGAGGUCAACCCCCUGGCUUGCCUACCCCAGACUGCUGCCUGUGCCCCCGACCUCCCUGCCUUCUCCCAUGGGGGCUUCUCUCACAGCUAGGUGGUCCCUGGGCUGGAGAAUCUGCCCAAGGACUCCAGGGUAGGCUGAGGGUGUGGGAGCAACUGGGCACUAAAUGGGCAGCCUGGUUCCCUCUUCUCCUUCCUUCCACCCCUGCUGUCUGUCCAUCUCCCAGUCCCCCAAGGUCCCCUCUCUUCCAGUGCCCUCUCCCCCUUGUACCCUCCUUGGAACCAGGAACAUCCAGAGCCUGUGAUGCCUUAUACUGGGAAGCUCAGUUUGUUGCUGGGCCCCAUCCCAGAGAGGCAAGGAUGGCCUAGUCAGGAGCCUAGGGUGAUGGCCAGGAUUUCCCCUAGAUUGUUCUUUCAUUUUUAUUUUCUGGUUUUCCAGAAUUUUUUAGGCCAUUUCUGACACAGGGAUUAUAAUCCCUCGAGAGCCCAAGGCAGGGCCACCAGUCCUGCACAUCCAUAGUGAGCAGGAAAGAACUCUUUUGCAUACAUUCCCACUCAUCCAAGUCCUUUCUUCUCUCCAUCGUCUCCUCCUAGCUACAGCCUCCUCCUUCCCUUCCUGUCUACCCUUCCAUCCUGGGAUAUCUCUCCUGUGCUGAAGGGAUGUCCCUCUGUCCCAGCCCCUGGUGCUCCCACUGCCCUCAGCUCUCGCCUUCAGUCUCCUCUCCUGCCCCCAGGCCAGCCAAUUGUAGGAUACAACACGGUAUGUCCUCUUGCAUCUGUCACAUAUUGGGACUAGGAGUUGCCAGCAGGCCUGUUCUAGGGCAGGGUAUGUUUCUGAGCAGUCCCCUACCUGUAUGCAUCUGCCUACCUUGGGCUUUCUGGAGGGAAAUGCACAUUGUGACAGCAGCUGCUCAAGUGAGCAUUUCAGGUGGUUUUGUGGGUGCAAUCCCAGUGAAGAUGUGUCAUUUUGUACUAAGGCUGCGUGUAACCACUGGCCUUAUUCUGCAACAGCUAAUUUGGGAAGCUGGAGUAGGAACCAGGAUGGGUGGUCCAAUCAUGUGCGGACAUGCAAAUUAGCCGGGGCUUGGCCUGGUGGGGCGGUGCCUGGCCUGGAGAGGGAGCCUGUUCCAGUAUCUCUCAUCACUGCUUCCCCUCCUGGGCUCUGCCUGGAUUAAGCAUGGUUCCAAAGAAAUAGCAAGAGAUUGGAAACAACAGGAACCUACUUCCAUUAAAGACUAGGUGAAUCAAUUACGAUACACUUUACAUUGCAAUUUCUGUUCAACUAAAAAAUAAUGGUAUGUCUUUAUAUGCUAAUAUGGAAUAAUCUUCAAGUGAAAAGGGCAAGGUACAGAAAUGGGAUGGUGCAGUUCCAUUUGUGUUUUAGAAAGGAGGAGAAUAUAUAGAUCACCCUGCUUAUAUAUGCAUAUUCAGAAAAAUAGGUGAUACUGAUUACCUCUGGGAGGAGAACUGGGAGUUUGGGGACAGGAGAGGGAGGGGACUUAGCACCGUAUACCUUUUGUACAUUUUGAAUUGUGGACUAUGUGACCAUAUGACCAAAAUAAAUAAGAAAU